ACUGCGGACACAGUGCAGGAGAUGACCAGAGACUGCGGACAUAGUACAGGAGAUGACCAGAGACUGCGGACAUAGUGCAGAUGACCAGAGACUGCGGACACAGUACAGGGAAUGACCAGAGACUGCGGACACAGUGCAGGAGAUGACCAGAGACUGCGGACACAGUACAGGGGAUGACCAGAGACUGCGGACACAGUGCAGGAGAUGACCAGAGACUGCGGACACAGUACAGGGAAUGACCAGAGACUGCGGACAACAGUGCAGGGGAUGACCAGAGACUGCGGACACAGUGCAGGGAAUGACCAGAGACUGCGGACAGUGCAGGGAAUGACCAGAGACUGCGGACACAGUGCAUUGAAUGACCAGAGACUGCGGACA